GAGAAAAGAACGAUAAAGAUUUCACUGAAAACGAUGCAUACUGUGUUCUCAAUUGACGAUUUAUCCGACUCCUUUUGGGAUGCGCCGUUGGGGAUGAACCGAAGCCAAUCGGAGUGGGCUUUGGAGAUUUUUCUCGAAGAGUUUUCAGGUAGUGGAGAGGAUAUCCCGGGGUCGCGUUCGAGUGGGAGUGUGAUUGGUCCCUCUUUCGCGGAACCUCAGCAGUCCGUUCCAAAAUAUGAAGGUGACGGUGUUGAUGACGUGGUGGAGAUCAAAAGGCCUGGUAAUCAGAAUCAUAGCUCUCCACCGUCCGCUCUGAAACCGAAGGUCCCGAUUAACUCCGAUGAGGUCCAGGCGAUCCUCAAGAGCAAGCUCGAGCAAGCCUGUGUUGUUUUUGCUCUCUCUCGUGCAUCAGCUGUGAAGGCAGAAGCUUCGUCUGCCCAACCUGAAGAUCAGUCGCUUCAAUCGAGAUCCCAAGUUCAAGGUUCCUUAAAGGCUCAAGGACAGAGUGAACCAGAUGCUACAUCUUGUGGAAUGUUGGCUGUGUCAACUACACAGAAAAAAACGGGGGUACAAAGGAGGCAAACAACAAGUGUGUCGUCAGGAGAUGAUUCAGAUGAUGAUGAACUUCGAGAUACUGAAACCACUGACAAUCCAGCUGUUGCAAAACGUGCAAGGAGAAUGCUGUCAAACCGAGAAUCAGCCAGACGCUCUAGAAGAAGAAAGCAAGCACAUAUGAAUGAACUUGAAGCACAGGUUGGUCAACUAAGAGUUGAACAUUCAACAUUACUCAAGACUCUAAAUGACACGAAUCACAAAUAUGAUGAAGGUGCUGUUGACAAUAGAAUUCUGAAGGCUGAUAUCGAGACAUUAAGAGCAAAGGUAAAAAUGGCCGAAGAAACAGUUAAGAGGGUGACGGGGAUCAACCCUGCUCCAUUUAGGCACAAUAUAGCUAACGUCGGCAUCCCUUUUGUUAGCAGUCCAUUGGAAGCAUCUCCGGUUUCUCCUGUUCGAUUGCAGCCGAACAAUAAUCAGUUUUUUCACCAACCUGUUCCGAGCAUUGCUGCUCCCAUGCACCAUCGGAGAGUGGAAAGUGGUUUUGCGGGCAACACCCUGGUUCCUCCUACCGUGAAUCUACAUACCAAAGGUGUGAAAAAUGUCAAUGAAACAUCCACAUUGCAGCAUACACCUGGCUCGGAGUUCGUUCAAGAUCCGAUUGCCUGUGGUGUCGGUCAACUCAUGUCCAGCUGGGAACCUAGACAACAUGCAUCUACCAAGAACAAGAAGCACAGUUGAAUGUCGGUGCCCUUCUCGUCGUGUUUUCCGAGAUGGGGUUCGAGAAGUUUAGUUUAUGGUAGGAGUAUUAGUUAAAAAUAUAUUCAUAGGUAUGCACUCUCACUGCACUUUUGUAUUUAACUUCUAGGCAUUAUAACAUUGACUCUACUAAGUCUAUUCAGUGAACCUUAUUUAGUAAAUUAUUAUCUAUGAAAAUCAUAUGAACCUUAUUAU